ACUGAACAUGCUGAACAAGUAAACGAGCAACCUGCGCAAGAAAGUAGAGUUGAGAAUUUGAGAGAUGAAUCUCAUGUGAACUCAACAGAACAGCGUGAACCUGUAACUAAUAAUGAAACAACUGGUCCAGUAUCUGUUCUUAGAAGAAGAUCAGUCGUAGAAAAUAAUACCACAGCAAAUCUAAUAUCGAAUAACGAUCAAAGAAGGAAUGACAGAGUUUUGCAAGAAAGCAAUAGGCGUAUAAAUCAAUUGAUAGUAAUACAGAUUGAAUCUAAUGAAGCUUCAGUGUCAGCUCCUAAACACAAUGGCAAUAAGAGAAAGGCUGAUACUGAAAACGAGAAUCCAAAUGCAAAACGUUUAAAAGGAAAAAAUAAAUCAAUGAUAGCGUCCAGAACUAAAAAAACUAGCCAAGAGAGACGACUAUCUCGUAUCAUAAAUAUCUGUCCAAAAAAAUUUCGAAAACGCAUUUAUCGCGCUACAUCAGAACGAAUGUACUUGAUUUGCCGAGAUAAAAUUAAAGAUUUGCACCAUAAAUAUGCUAUUAUGGGUACAACUGGCAACGUUUACACUGUUAAUAUUACUCAUUUGCCAAAAUGCACUUGCCUUGACUUUUCAACGCAUAAAUUUUGUAAACAUAUUGUUUUUGUUUACCUUAAAGUUUUGUGCAUAAACCGAGACAGCAAUUACAUAUUUCAACGGGCGUUAUUGUCUAGUGAACUUAAAUCGAUGUUUUCUGAUAAAAGACCUGAUCGAUCUGUCUAUUCUAGUCUAGCCGUUCGUAAACGAUAUAGAGCGUAUAUUUUAGGAACAGCUUCACAAACACGAAAGCCAAUUGAAGGAAAUUGCUCUGUCUGUUAUGAAAGUUUGGAUGAAAAUGAAAUAGAUAAUAUUGUCUGGUGCCAAAAAGGCUGUGGAAACAACCUUCACGAAGCCUGCUAUGAAAAAUGGAAGGAAUCACGACUUGAAUUUAAAGGAAGAAAUGUUACUUGCAUUUACUGUCGUUGCGUGUGGUUGGAAGAUAAAACGAAAUUUUCAAUUAGCAAAGAAGGAUUUGUGAACUUUGGAAUUAUGGGAGAGAGGAAUAAAAAAUUCUAA